CGGCAGUAUCAAGAUGGCGGUCUGAACUGUUAGUAAGCCUGAAAUAGUUUCAUGUUUGUUACCAACUCCAAACUAAUGUUUCGUCUGAACAACCUGAUAAAAAUAACUAUUUCAAAGCAAUUUUUGGGUAAUUCGCGAAAUUUGUUUCAUCCAGUCCGAGAGAAAAUGUCUGACAAUUCCGUGGAAAUACUGGACUCGCCCGAGUUCAAAAGCGUUCUCUCUCCAGAAUUGCACUCUGUUGCUGCACCAUUCCUACAGAAUGGAUACGAUGUAAGAAUAGUUGGUGGAGCAGUGCGCGACAUUCUUUUGGGAUUGCAACCGAAGGACGUUGACCUUGGAACAAAUGCUACUCCGGAGAAGAUGAUUCAGCUGUUCAAACAACACAAUAUACACUUCAUUGAGACCGGCCUAAACCACGGCACCAUCACGGCUCAUGUUAACAAGCAAGACUUUGAAGUCACGACUUUGCGGAUUGAUGCUGAAACUGAUGGUAGACAUGCAAAAGUAGAAUUUACCCAGAACUGGAAAUUAGAUGCAGAGAGGCGUGACCUUACUUUCAAUGCCAUGAGUUUGGGACUAGACGGAAGUUUGUAUGACUAUUUUGGCGGAAAGGAAGAUCUGUCCAACCGUCGUGUCAGAUUCGUAGGUGAUCCAGAGUUGCGAAUAAAGGAGGAUUACCUUCGAAUUCUGAGAUACUUUCGUUUUUAUGGAAGAAUAGCUUCAGAAGAAGACAACCAUGACCAUUCAACAUUAAAUGUUAUACGGGAAUGCGCAGAGGGAUUGAAGAAGAUUGCUGUUGAACGGAUUUGGAUGGAAGUCUCGAAAAUUUUGACUGGAAAUUACACACCAAGUAUUUUGCAUCAUAUGUAUGAGCUUAAUGUUUCUCAGUGCAUUGGUGAGUGAGAUAGUCAAACUCCAUAGAUACAGAAAGAAAGUGUAUGGGCUUGGGGAAGGUGUAAUAAGGUCAGUGGUUAGUGUGCUGGGUGCAUGGUUGAAAGGUGUGGGUUUAUACCUUGGCCAGGCCAGUGCAUUGUGUUCUUGAGUGAGAUGCUUAGCUCUCAUAUUGUCUCUCUCCACCCAGGAGUGUAAAUGGGUACAAUCAAACUGGUAGGGAAACUUUGAAGAAUUCCUGAGGGCCUGGGUUACAUGCAGUGGACUAACAACUUAUCAAAGAGAAGUAACAAACUAGGAUAAGUUUGUGUCAAAUGGGUCAUGAAACUCAUACAGCAGCCACAUCAAGUGUCUGCAUUUGAAAAGAUAAAUGCAGUGCCAUGUAUCAGAUUGUACAAUUUUUGAUGCUUUGAUAAAACUGGCCUAAGUGUUAAUUUGUCUUUGGUGCUUUGAAAUACCAGUUGAAAUAAAUAAAAAAAUAUGAACAAGGUAAAAAUGCAAAAACUGCAAAUCUUAUCUUGAGCUGAGGUCUAGAUACUGAUAUAGAUGAUUAAUUACUAUUUGCUAAAGUGGAGCAUGGUAGUGGAGGAUAUUUACCUUGUGGCAAAGCCACGAGGUUAAUAUCCAUCACUAACCACUAACACUGAGUAUAUACUAAAGCUGCAAGAUAAUAUAGCACAAAAAGAUGAAUUUGACUCAUUUAUUACUGCCUUGAUUACAAUACUUUCGGGUGCAAAUCCUGCACCCAUUGCUCAGGGGUGAAUAGCAAAGGAUAUUCAGAGUUUGUGAAGCCAAUCAUAGUGUACCUUCAAUGUUAUCCACUGUUUUAAUAUGUACUAAUGAUUGAUAUUUAAUGAUAGUCACUUCUACUUACUUAUCAUUUUGUGUGUAAUGAAGUCGUGAUGGCUUGUCAGGCAAGCAUUUUUAACUUGCCUUAAGACGAUUGUCCUACACCAUAAAUACAUUUUUUUUUGUCUUUAAAGUUAGACUAAAGUAAGUGUUGUUGUCUAAUUUCAGGCCUGCCUACUUAUUCUAAAGAGAGCAUGCAGGAAUUGACUAGAGCAUGGAAGGAACAUAACAUCCAUCCACUUCAACCUGAAACUCUGCUCUGUUCCCUUGUCAACACUGCAGAGGAGGCUGAAAACCUUGCAAGGAAGUGGAAACUGUCUAAUGCAGGGAAAGCCUUGGGCAAAUUUGUAACUCAGCACAGGGGACCCAAGCCUCACGAGCAUGUUCUUAAGCCAUAUCAAGACAUAAUAGUGUCAGCACCUUAUGAGCAUGUAAGGAGUUUGAUUAAAAGUUAUGUUUUGGAAACACUGCACUAUCUGGGAAGACAUGAUCAUGCACAGGAAAUAAACACAUGGUGCAUUCCAGUGUUUCCUAUUACUGGUAGACACUUGAAGAAGUUGGGAGUCAAGCCUGGACCAGAAUUUGGAAAAAUGCUUGGAAAACUAAAAGAGAUCUGGAAGGAAAGUUAUUAUACUGCCAGUGAAGCAGAUUUACUAGAGAAGGCUAAAUCCCUUAUAGAGGGAUAAUUCCUGGUCACUUUUCUGUCAGUUAUUGAUCAUGAAUUAACAUCAGUUGUUGUACACAGUGAUGUUUAGGGACCUAAAUCCAACCUUGAUCUUGCUCUGGUCCUGAAUAUUUUAUUAAUUUUUUUCUGGAGUUUCUGAUCAUGUAAACUGUUGUUUUAACUGAGAUAAUGAUUGGAAACCAAUGUGACUGAACACUAACAUUUUUGGUCUUUGCAAACUACAGACAAUGAAUUACUUUAAUGGAUCAAAGCAUUUUAUUGGGCCCAUGUCAAUAACAGUUUUAUGACUGAAGUGGCUAUUUUACAAUUUGUUUAUGAAUCCAGAUUUGUAUAAUUGCCUAAAUGUUCGAGUGUGUUCAAUUUUCUUAAUGAUAAUAGAGAGAGAAUACAGGACAAGUUCACAUGAAGUUGAAAGUAAUGACUUCCCCUGCGCAUGUUAUUUGAAAACUAAGGUUAGCACUGCCCCUAUUCUUUGUGCUUAAGUCAUUAUUUGUCAAACGACAUCAGCAUUGCUGCUAAGGACUUAAAACUUUUGAGAUAGGGAGGGGUUGAGAUCUUUCUUUUGAGUAAGACUUUGCUUUUGUGGGUAAACCCUUGAGGAGUAUUUUUGCUUAUCCAUAUUUAUUCUUUUAAUUUCAGUCCAUUCACGAUCCACAAGUAUUAAUCUUAAUCCUGAAAUCUUUGGUACUGGUUCUUAAACCAUCAAAGAAAAUGUGCC